ACAGCGCAGGAAACCCGAAUAAACGUCUGACAGUUGCUUGUUUCCCGUCCUCAUUAUCCUCUGUCCUUCGACGAAAUAUUUCACCCAUUCACGAAACCUCCGCGACGCGACUAUCAUAGCAACAAUAUGGGGUACGAACGCAUCCUCUCGUUUACGCUAGUGCCGACCAUUUUGCUUCUAGUCCUCUCAUUCGUCUCGACAAUCCUCACAACGACAUACUGGAUCUUCGGUGAUUGGGUUCUACCACGAUACUUCCUCGAAGGCAAAGAUGUUCCUGGAAAGCCGGAAUUAAACGAAUCUCUCAUUGAAUAUGUCACCCCUGCCACCGAUGCAACAGUCGCAACUGCUGCGAUCGGUAUCUUCGCUGGCGUUGUGUGCGUUUUGGGAUAUACCAAGCUGAGAAAAGGCAAUAUGGAUCUCGAACUCAACAAGCCGCGACGUAGAUUUUGGGUAGCCUUCGUUCAGUUCUGGGCUGGCGGCGUGGCCGUCUCUGCCCUUGCCACGAUCAUUGUACACUACACAACUAAGGGAGACGAUCAAUUCGGAUGUACUUCGUACAAAGAUGCCACAGGCGGAAAGGUCUACGAGUGCACAAGAGAAAUGGGUGCUUGCAAUGUGCUGCCGGAGUGGCGCAACCAGGCCACGGAGAAAUCAGACAUCAAAACGUGGGCUAUUCCCGUAACCUGCCAAAUGAUUACUGCGACUAAAUGGAUGCAACUCAUUAUCAUGCUCGAUGCUAUCGUUAUCAUCGCGAUGUUCAGCGUUCAAGCAAGGCUUAGAUCCAAGUCGAGAUACGGCAGGCUUGCUGGGAAAGAAAGCAUCGGGAUGGACCCCCGAUGAACUUGAGAUAAAUAAUCUUGUGCUCGGUGGCAAGGUCAUAGAGGACCAUGAAUGUUAUAAGAUACCCAAAUCCACGUGUGAAUGUGGUUCGUUAGAUUUACAGCGAAUGCGAAUCAACAAAAGUUUCCAACCCACCU